AUCAGAUGUAUGUCCACUCUCGUGCUUUGUAUUUGCAUAUUUUCUCUCCAUAUAUCUGUAAUAUGUACUAAAUAUAUAUGUGAGUCUAAUGUAGAGUUUUAAAGGGCAUCAAUAAGUGAAGUAACUGCCACUGCAUGCAAGCCUGCGCUGUGUGGCUGUAAGCAUGGGUCUAGCUUCCUAUUCUAAAAGUGAUAGCAAUUCAAAAGUGAUAAUUGGUGUACUGUAUCUUUAAAAGGUUAAAACCUCUUUCAAAAAAGGUCUGGACUCCUAGUGGAAAAGACAAGAGGCAUGGGGUUGGCUCUAGAUUCAGAAAACAGCUGCUGAUUAGAUUCUGUGUCUGAGAGCUGAAUUUAUUCUGUGUUUCUCAGCAGCAGGAAUUCAAGAGGGAUGCUUCUGUUUGGGUUUCUGGUCGUGAUUUAUAUUUAUUCAGAGGAAUAACAGAGGGUGGAUCUGUUCCCGGAGCGAGCAUGCUCACAACCAGCCGACUCUCCCAUUAUCCCACUGCCUAGUUUGGUGCUCCCGUGUACAUGGCUAUUCUGUGUGCAUAUGUGUGUGUACAAACACGCAUGCAUGCCUGGAUGGACAGACGUAUGCAGAGGUUAUUUUUUAAGGGCAAUUCUUUCAAUAAGGUCUUUACCCCUUACUUGAAACAGGUGUUCAUGAAAAAAAUGCACAAAAUCCUGACUGGCCGGAAUAAUUCAUGAAGAAAGGGCUGGAUCCGUGGGGUCAGAGAACACAGGACCAGGUUGCCACCCCAAGGCCGAAGGUCCCCCUCCAAUGCAGUCCUUGGAGUGCUUAGGAAUCUCUGCCACAUCUCCCCCACCAUGUUACAGCUGAUGUCUGACAGGAUUUGAGAUAUAAACUCAGCAGUCCUUGAUGUAGUUCAUGGAGGAGCCUCAAAAGACACUGGCCAGGAAAGCUCUCCCCUCCAGAGAGAGGAGUCGUGCAUGAGAGGAGGCAGCUGCGACAGGAGUGGACAUGAACACUGGUUUCCAGAGAGAAGAGCGUUUUAGUUUUGGUCACCGGAAGUGGUGCCUUCAGCACAGAAGAGCGUGAUUUCUCCUCCGAGGCCGUUGAUCUCCAACAUACAACUAAAGAGAAGAAGAGACCAGGACCGAGCCACCCCUGGACCCAGUGUAAUAUAUCUUGGGCAAGGACCAGGGAUGACUGGGCCAUGGACACAGAGGUCUCCAACUUUCAGCCUUUUGCAUAGCACACAGGGGACUUGUGGGAGCCACUUGCCACUGCCAACUGAAACAGUACAAUGGCAAUAUUGACAUCCUCCAUGACAUUUUCACGGCAGACAUCCCAGCAGGCAAUGCUGGCGUGCCUUCUGUCUGCAGAGUAGAGGGCCAUGCCUCACCAAUAUGAAUAGCUCAGACUCUGAUGACCUGCUCUGAGUCUCCUUGCAGCCAGUGACACUUGCAAAAAAAAAUCCCAAAGCUGUCUUGGCCUUGACUUCCACGGCUCUUGACCAAUGUGGCCAAAACCAGACACCUCCCUGGGACACGAGGAUUAUUUGUAAAUGCAGCCUGCCCCAAACCUCCCUGAGUAGCAUCUGAAGUUUCUGUGAAGGUCAUGGAUCCUGAACAAAGUGUCAAGGGCAUCAAGAAGGCAGAGGGAAGUCCCCGGAAGCGGCUGACCAAAGGCGAGGCCAUUCAGACCAGUGUUUCUUCCAGCAUCCCAUACCCAGGCAGCAGCACAGCUGCCACCCAGGAGAGCACCCCCCAGGAGCUCCUAGCCCCGCAGCCCUUCCCGGGCCCCUCAUCAGUUCUUAGGGAAGGCUCUCAGGAGAAGAUGGGCCAGCAGCAGAAGGCCCCCAAGAGGCCUCCCAUCGAAGCCUCCGUCCACAUCUCGCAGCUUCCACAGCACCCUCUGACACCAGCAUUCAUGUCACCCGGCAAACCUGAGCAUCUCCUCGAGGGGUCCACGUGGCAGCUGGUCGACCCCAUGAGACCUGGACCCUCAGGCUCCUUUGUGGCCCCUGGGCUUCACCCACAGAGCCAGCUCCUCUCUUCUCACACCUCCAUCCUUCCUCCUGAGGACCUGCCUGGCAUCCCCAAGGUCUUUGUGCCCCGUCCAUCCCAGGUCUCCCUGAAGCCUACUGAAGAGGCACACAAGAAGGAACGGAAACCCCAGAAGCCGGGCAAGUACAUAUGCCAGUACUGCAGCCGGCCCUGCGCCAAACCCAGUGUGCUCCAGAAGCACAUCCGCUCACACACUGGUGAGAGACCCUACCCCUGCGGCCCCUGUGGCUUCUCCUUCAAGACCAAGAGCAACCUCUACAAGCACAGGAAGUCCCAUGCUCACCGGAUCAAAGCUGGCCUGGCCUCAGGAGUGGGCAGUGAGAUGUAUCCCCCAGGGCUGGAAAUGGAGAGGAUCCCUGGGGAGGAGUUUGAGGAGCCCACUGAGGGAGAAAGCACAGACUCUGAAGAGGAAAUCAGCACCACAUCCGGUCCCACUGCAGAGCUCUCCCCAAGGCCUAAGCACCCACUCCUUUCCAGUGGUGUAUACAGCUCGGGGAGCCAUGGUUCCAGCCAUGAACGCUGUUCUCUGUCCCAAUCCAGCACUGCGCCAUCACUCGAGGACCCCACUCCAUUUGCAGAACCCUCAUCCGAGCAUCCCCUGAGCCAUAAACCUGAAGACACCCAUACAAUUAAGCAGAAGCUGGCUCUCCGCCUAAGUGAGCGAAAGAAGGUGAUUGAUGAACAGGCGUUUCUGAGCCCAGGCAGCAAAGGCAGCACCGAAUCUGGGUAUUUCUCACGCUCUGAGAGUGCCGAGCAGCAGGUCAGCCCCCCAAACACCAAUGCUAAGUCCUAUGCAGAGAUCAUCUUCGGCAAGUGUGGGAGGAUUGGGCAGCGAACCGCCAUGCUGACGGCCACCUCCACCCAGCCACUUCUGCCCCUGUCCACUGAAGACAAGCCCAGCCUGGUACCUUUGUCUGUACCCCGGACCCAGGUGAUUGAGCACAUCACAAAGCUCAUCACCAUCAAUGAGGCCGUGGUUGACACCAGCGAGAUUGACAGUGUGAAACCAAGGAGGAGCUCCCUGACCAGGCGCAGCAGCAUGGAGUCCCCCAAAUCCAGCCUCUACCGGGAGCCCUUGUCAUCCCAUGGUGAGAAGACAAAGCCAGAGCAGUCACUGCUGAGCCUCCAGCACCCACCCACCACAACCACCCCUGUUCCUCUCCUGAGAAGCCACUCAAUGCCUUCGGCCACUUGUACCAUCAGCACCCCACACCACACCUUCCGUGGUAGCUACUCUUUCGAUGACCACAUCCCUGAUUCCGAGGCCCCUAGCCACAGCAGUCCAGUGUUUACCUCCCACCCCCGGAUGCUGAAGCGCCAGCCAGCCAUUGAACUGCCUUUGGGAAGUGAGUACAGUGCCGAGGAACCUGGACCAAGUAGCAAAGACACAGCCUCCAAGCCGUCUGACGAUCUGGAACCCAAGGAAAGUGAACUCACCAAAAAGUCCAAGAAAGGGUUGAAAAUGAAAGGGGCGAUCUAUGAAUGUACCAUCUGCGGUGCUCGGUACAAGAAAAGGGAUAAUUAUGAAGCGCAUAAAAAGUACUACUGCUCAGAGCUCCAAAUUGCAAAGCCGCUCUCUGUAGGUACUCAUGCAACUCCAGAAACAGAGAAGAGUCAGGCAGAACAUGAGCCAUGGUCCCAGAUGAUGCACUAUAAACUGGGGACCACCUUGGAGCUCACUCCACUAAGGAAGAGAAGGAAAGAAAAGAGUCUUGGGGAUGAGGAAGAGCCGCCUGCUUUUGAGUCUACAAAAAGUCAAUUUGGCAGCCCUGGGCCAUCUGACACUGCUCGGAACCUUCCCCUAGAGUCCACCAAGUCACCAGCAGAACCAGGUAAAUCAGUGCCCUCCUUGGAGGGACCCACGGGCUUCCAGCCAAGGACUCUCAAGCCAGGGUCUGGGGCAGAAUCAGGGAAGGAGAGGAGAACAACGUCCAAAGAAAUAUCUGUCAUCCAGCACACCAGCUCCUUUGAGAAAUCUGACCCUCUUGAGCAGCCCAGUGGCCUGGAAGUGGAAGACAAGACUCUGGCCCAGUUUUCAUCCCCACCUUCUGCCCCACAAGGACGCUCAGCUCACUCCCUGCAGCCCAGGUUGGUCCGCCAGCCCAACAUCCAGGUCCCUGAGAUCUUGGUGACUGAAGAGCCUGAUCGUCCUGAUACAGAGCCCGAGCCACCCCCAAAGGAACCAGAGAAGACAGAGGAGUUCCAGUGGCCCCAGCGCAGCCAGACACUUGCCCAACUCCCUGCUGAGAAGCUACCACCCAAGAAGAAGCGGCUGCGCCUGGCAGAGAUGGCCCAGUCCUCAGGGGAGUCUAGCUUCGAGUCAUCUGUACCUCUGUCUCGAAGCCCAAGCCAGGAAAGCAGUAUCUCUCUAAGUGGGUCCAGUCGCUCAGCCUCAUUUGACAGAGAUGAGCACGGAAAAGUGGAGGCCACCGGGCCCUCGUCUGACAUACGCCCCAAGCCCUUGGGCACCCACAUGCUGACUGUCCCCAGCCACCACCCACAUGCUCGGGAGAUGCGGAGGUCAGCAUCAGAGCAGAGCCCCAACAUUUCCCAUUCUGCUCACAUGACUGAAACACGCAGCAAAUCCUUUGACUAUGGCAGUUUGUCCUUGACAGGCCCUUCUGCCCCAGCCCCAGCAGCUCCCCUAGCCCCAGUGGCCCUGCCAGAAAGAAGAAAAUGCUUUUUGGUGAGACAGGCCUCUCUGAGCAGGCCUCCAGAAACUGAAUCAGAGGCCACCCCCAAGGGAAGACAGGACACUGAAGAACCCCAGCCCUCAUCCAGCAAACCUUCCACCAAAAGCUUGUUGCCCAGGAUCUCCUCAGCAGCCACCUUGCACAGUGGGUACCUAGGAGGCAAGAGCCAGGUGCAAGACAGGCCCCCACUGGGGUCCACUCCACCCUACACAGAAGCUCCGCAGGUGCUCCACCACCCUGUUGCCCAGCUCCCCCUGCAGGACAAACCAUACUUGCCCCCACCUGUUUCCCUCUUCUCUUUCCAGCACCUCUUGCAGCAAGAGCCAGGACAGUCUUCGGAAUUCUUCUCCACACAGGCCAUGCCUAGUCUCCUCUCCUCCCCAUACUCCAUGCCCCCUCUCCCUCCCUCCUUAUUCCAGGCCCCACCGCUUCCUCUCCAACCCACUGUUCUGCACCCAGGCCAGCUUCAUCUCCCCCAGCUGCUGCCCCACCCUGCCAGUAUCCCCUUCCGGCAGCCCCCUUCCUUUCUCCCUGUGCCAUAUCCUGCCUCCUCAGCACUCUCUUCUGGCUUCUUCCUCCCUCUGCAAUCCCAGUUUGCACUACAGCUCCCCAGUGAUGUGGAAAGUCAUCUGCCCCCAGUCAAAACCAGCCUGGCCCCACUGGCAACAGGAUCUCCUGGCCCCUCCUGCAGCACAGGCCACAGCAGCAGCAUGCAGUUGCCACCCACAGCUCCUUCAGCCAGCUCCUCAGCACCCACAUCAGCCCUACCACUGGCCCUGCCCACCUGUCCAGAUGCCAUGGAGUCCCUGGUUGUGCCCGUCCGCAUUCAGACCAACAUGCCAUCCUAUGGGACUGCAAUGUACACCACCCUUUCUCAGAUCUUGGUCACACAAUCCCAAUGCAGUUCAACCAGUGCACCUCUUUCCAAGAGUGAGGAGCCUCUAUCCAAGGGGUUGACUGUGUGUAGGUCAGAUAUGUAUGAGGCAGGACCUGGACCAUCUGGGUUAAGUGAAGAGCAAAGCAGAGGUUUCCAGACUCCAUACCUGAGAGUGCCUGUGACGUUGCCUGAGAGGAAAGGUAUGUCUCUGUCAUCAGAAGGUGUCUCAAGCUUGGAGGAAAGUUCAUCAACGGCAGGAGGAAGCAAGCGAGUCCUUUCACCAGCUGGCAGCCUUGAGCUUACCAUGGAAACCCAGCAGCAAAAAAGGGUGAAGGAGGAAGAGGCCUCCCAGGCAGAUGACAAGCUUGAACUCGUGAAACCUUGCAGCGUAGUGCUGACCAGUACAGAUGAUGAGAAGAGGACAGAGAAAUCCCACCUGGGAAGCCAGGGCCAAGGUAGGAGGGACCUGGAAACACCGUCCAACUUGUCCUUGGAUCCGACUGAUCCAAAGGAGAUUCCUACCCUCUCUCAGCCCACAUUGCCCCAUGGGACAGCCCCAAGCUCAGAAGCUUUGAAGGAGUAUGCUCAGCCACCUGGCAAACCUCACCGAAGAGGGUUGCCCCCACUGAGUGUGAAGAAAGAAGAUUCCAAGGAACAACUGGACCUUCCUCCCCUUGUACCUCCCAGCUCUCUGCCUCUGUCCCCCAGACCAGCCAAGUUGCAAGAAGGUACGGACUCAAAGAAGGUACUGCAGUUCCCCAGCCUCCACACGACCACUAAUGUCAGUUGGUGCUAUUUAAACUACAUUAAGCCAAAUCACAUCCAGCAUGCAGAUAGGAGGUCCUCUGUUUACGCUGGUUGGUGCAUAAGUUUGUACAACCCCAACCUUCCAGGGGUUUCCACUAAAGCUGCUUUGUCCCUCCUGAGGUCUAAGCAGAAGGUGAGCAAAGAGACAUACACCAUGGCUACAGCUCCGCAUCCUGAGACAGGAAGGCUUGUGCCAUCGAGCUCCCGCAAGCCCCGCAUGACAGAGGUGCAUCUCCCGUCACUGGUUUCCCCAGAAGGCCAGAAAGAGGUAGCUAGAGCGGAGAAGGAAGAAGAGAAGCAAGGGAAGCCAGAGGAAGACGCUCCCACCUCCAAGAGAGCGGAGCCGGCGAGGAUCAAAAUCUUCGAAGGAGGGUACAAAUCAAACGAAGAGUAUGUAUAUGUGCGAGGCCGCGGCCGAGGGAAAUAUGUUUGUGAGGAGUGUGGAAUUCGCUGCAAGAAGCCCAGCAUGCUGAAGAAACACAUCCGCACCCACACUGACGUCCGGCCCUAUGUGUGCAAGCACUGUCACUUUGCUUUUAAAACCAAAGGGAAUCUGACUAAGCACAUGAAGUCGAAAGCCCACAGCAAAAAGUGCCAAGAGACAGGGGUGCUGGAGGAGCUGGAGGCGGAGGAAGGAACCAGUGACGACCUGUUCCAGGACUCAGAAGGGCGAGAGGGCUCCGAGGCUGUGGAGGAGCACCAGUUUUCCGACCUGGAGGACUCAGACUCAGACUCAGACCUGGAUGAAGACGAGGAUGAGGACGAAGAGGACAGCCAGGAUGAGCUGUCCCGGCCAUCCUCAGAGGCACCCCCACCUGGCCCACCGGCCGCGCUGCAGACAGACUCCUCACCUGUUCAGAGCCCUCAGCCCCUAGAUGCCACCUCUGACCAUGAGGCCACAAGAGGCAGCGUGGCCUCAGAAGCUGAGCACUUGACAGCCAGCAGCUGCUCCACGUCCAACCAGAAUAUCCUGGGCCUUCCCCAGCUGGGACUGGCCCCAUCAGGCCCUGUGGAGAGGGACACAGUUUCAGCCCUGAGCUCCACGGCCAUGUCCCCUAGAAGGCCCUGUUCACCAAGCAAAGAAACAGGAAGCUGCCCACCACUCGCCCGCAAACACUCAAUAACCAAAAAUGACUCAUCUCUCCAGCGGUGUUCCCCAGCCCGAGAGUCACGGGCCUCAGUCGCAAGCACGCCUGACCCCCAGAUGGGCCCUCCUUCUUGUGGGUCUCCAAGACUUGAGCUGUCUCCUCUCAUGCCCCACUCCCUGGGAAAAGAACUAUCCCCUCGGGGGCAUGUGCCCCCCAAACUUGAGAGCACCACAGAUCCAGACCCCUUGAAACACUCACCUACCAGGAGAUGGUCUCUGGGUCAGGCCGAGUCACCAUCGUGGUUAGUGCUGCCAGGGAAGUGGGCCCUGGCUGGGCCAGGCAGCCCCUCCACGAGUGAGCAUGGCCUAGGCUUGGGGCUAGCUCCACGGGUUCUCUUUCCAUCUGCGCCUCUACCUCACAAGCUUCUUGGCAGAAGCCCUGAGCCCUGCACCUCCAUAUGGAAGGCUGAGCCCCGAAGUCUGUCCUGCUCACCUGGUCCUGCUCAUCCUCGCUCCUCUCGACACUUCUCCAGCCUUUACGACUUCCACGGCCACAUGCAGGCCCGGACAGAGGAGAAUGUCUUUAGCCACCUGCCUCUGCACUCCCAGCACCUGGCCCGCACCCCGUGCCCACUGAUUCCCAUCGGUGGGAUCCAGAUGGUGCAGGCCCGGCCAGGGGCCCAGCCCACCCUGCUGCCAGGGUCUUCUGCGGCCUGGGUCAGUGGCUUCUCAGGGGGUGGCAGUGACCUGACAGGGGCCAGAGAGGCCCAGGAGCGAGGCCGCUGGAGUCCCACUGAAAGCUCGUCAGCCUCUGUGUCCCCUGUGGCGAAGGUCUCCAAGUUCACACUCUCCUCAGAGCUGGAGGGCAGGGACUACCCCAAGGAGACAGAAAGGACGGGUGGAGGCCUGGGCAGACCUCCCGACUGGGAGCCCAUAGAGUCUGCACCCACCCAUGGCUCCUGCUCUCCAAGGCCACCCCAGGGCCACCAGGCCACACAGUCCUGGAGCUCCCACCUGGAGUCAUCACACAAACUGGCCAACACUGAGGCCUCUGCCACUCCUGCAUUGGACCGUAGCAGCUCCAUGGGCUGCCUGGCCGAAGCCGCUGCUCGCUUCCCAGCCCGGAGGAGGAACCUUUCUGGGGAACCCAGGACCAGGCAGGGCUCCCCCGAGCCCUCAGGUAGUGGGGAGCCCAGGGCAUCUCCACCCCAGCCCAAGGACAGGGACCCCCUGAGCAGUUAGCCUCUCUCCAACCAAUUCAGCAUCUGGCUUCCAGUGUUCAGCAACAGACGUUUCCAGCCAACCUCCUCGAGUCACCUUGCUCCCACAGGCUCCCUUUUCUGUCGUCCAUCUGUCCACACAGCUUCUGCUCAGCCCCAUCUGUUCUAGUUUCCUAUGUAUGCAGUACCUGUGCCUUUUUCUAUACCUUUUGUUGCUUGAAAAGAGAAGAAAUAAUCACACACAUACAUAAAAACAAAGCCUGUGAGAAGCUUGAGGCUGUGAAUAGUUUGUGCUUUGGGGGAAAGGCUGUAGAAUGGGGGCCUCCUGCCCUCCACUGCAGCAGGCAGUUGGCAGCUGUGCCAGCCCCAAGGCCAGCCAGUCAUUUGCUAAGGAAAAGGAGAUGCACUGAGGGAGAACACCAGAAACACAAAAAAUCAUUAACUGUAGAAGCAAACACUCCUAUGUACAGAUGUUCAUGGUUCCAGUUUACUAUUGCUUCAUCUCACCCCGGUGAGUGGCCACUCCUCUUUGAUAGCAGAAGAGCCCGUGGCCUGAUGCAGGGAGGGAGGCCCCCAAAAAUCAUCUUUUUUUAUUCUUUGCAAGAAAAUAAGUUUAAAAAAAAAAAAAAAAAAAAAAAACUUUGGUUAGGAUUUCAACACAAAAUAAUAGGAGCAAAUAGAAGGUAGAAGUGGAGAUUGGUCUCCAGGACCCUCAGAUGCCCCGGAAAUCUAUUUUAGGGCCCAGGAAGUCUAUUUUGGGGCCCACUGUUGCACUGAACAGGAGGUUAAGCCACCCUAGCACUGGCCUUUCUUCUGCCCAGCAAUGCCCUCCUGCACCAGGAAAGGAGACGUGAGUGUCCACCUGCCCCUGACCUCGGCCAUAUUUCGCUAACCAUGCUUUUCUGGCAGUCUCCACUAUUCUCAAUACUAACCCACAAGGGUGACAGGGCCAAGCUCCAGCCCAGAGCUAUUCCUGAGCCCAGCCUUGGGUUCUGCUUCCUUGUGGUCCCUGUGAUCCAAGGGCUCGUCCUUCUUUCGUGGCUGGGCUUUUUCAGGGCUCAGCACUGGAGGGUCAGGAGACCCAUCUUCAGGGCCUCGUUUCCCCAUCCCUGCAUCUCAAGGUCAAUCUCCACUGCCCCCAAGAAGCAUCCCCAAGUCGUGACUGGUGGAACCUGCCUGGGCCUGUUCGUUGGCUUACAUCUCUUUAAUAACAACAGCAUAUUAUAUAUCUAAAUCUGGAACAAGAGGAUGGUGUUUGGUACUUUCCUUAGCCUCCUCAGAUUCUCUUCUGUCCACUAAAGGUUUGCAAAUUAUCCCAAAUUACUCGAAUUUCUUACCCCUUCUUAGGGCAAAAACCUGCUUCAUAAGAAAAAUAAUGUGACCACAAAUUUAAAUGCCAGUAAUGAACUGGACCUCUAGCAUGUUUAACCCAUGUGAUUAAAUGGAAAAGCAAGCAUGCCUAUGUACAGAUGCCUAUGGUUCUCGUUUCCAAAUGGGAGAAAUGGGGUUUUUCCAGCCUUCCAGAAUGGUUUACUUUCCAAAAGGGAGAGGAAACAACAGGUGGGUGUUGAUGCCACCUUGCACAGAAGGAGCACCUAUCUGCAGGUCCCCAGGCCCUUGCCAGGCCAUGUGAGUGGGGGGCGCAGCCUCAGCUCUUGGGCUGUUGACACAGUAAGGUAGGGAGGAUGAGUCACUUCCGUGAGCAACUUGCACUUGACGGUCCAUUCCCCUCCCUCCAGUUCAGGGCCAUUCCCUGCAUGGCCCCUGCUGCAGGAACAAACCAGCCCCAGGUCCAUCCUCCAGCCAGACCCCUCAUUUUUUCUCCUUUGCUUGCUCAGAGCUAAGGCAGAAGAGGACACUAGAGCAGGAUUCUCUCGAGGUCCACUGAACUCCAAAAAACUGGGGAGUGGGACUGACCAGUAGCUUCUGGCUGCUUGACUGUAAGACUUGCUUGUGCUAGGAGAAGCCAACCAGCCCAGCCUGCACCAUACUGGCACUAUUUGGGCUUGGUAGGAAGUGGGUAGAAGCCCAGCCCCAAGUCUCAGCUCAGGCCAGAAGCUAGGGUUCUCUUCCUCUUGCUUCUUGGCCCUAACAUAUGGCCUCUCCAGUUGGACUUUGAGGGCUUGAGGCCUGGGACCUGCCUAAAGAGAAUUGCCUCAGCCCUCCCUAGGCUUCCAGCCUUCCUGGGUAAGAUCUUCCAGCCCAGACUGUGAGACUAGCUCCUAACUUGGGGGUGGCCACGCCCUUCCACCUACCAUGCACUCCCAAUUCUCCUGGCCAUCGCUCAAACAGCCCACUCACUAAGGUUCCCUUCCUAGACAGCUUUGCUGUAAACAGUACAGCCAGCAGGGAAGAGUCCCCACAAUUCCUGGAGGCCAAAGGGCUGCUACCCCAUACAGGUGCCCAAAGGGACUGUCAGGUCCAACUCUAAUCCCUUCUGCCAGACCCUAGUCUCACUCCCAAGAGUACAGGGCCCCCUGCCCACAUGCACACUCUCCUAAUUUGGAAAAAUACUCUCAACCUAUGUAUGCCCCUGCCCUGGGCCCUCAGGCUGGCCCCAGCUACUCUGAAUUUUCAGUCUGCCUGUGAACCAUGGUCUCUGCCCCUGGAAAUGGGAAGCAGUGAUGAAUGGCUGGUGCAGACACUUGUGCCAAAAUGUUGAGAUGUUUGGAUGGCCACCCUUGGUUCAGACUAGCCCUGCUCCUUGGGUAUUGGCAGUAGGGGGAAGCAGUUUGCCAAAGUUUCAAGCCAAACCCUGCUCUCUGCUGGGUUUUAAGCCUCUUGUCCUGAAGGCCUACCCUCCAUAAUGCCCUUUAACCUGGGCAAUUCCAUAGUCAUUCUGGGGUUACCAACUCUUCUCAGAGAGUAGGCCAGUGCCCUCCUGCACCUACCCAUUUCUUACACUCUGGUCCCAACCACCGAGACCCUCUUGAGCAGCAAGGCGUUCACCCUCCCACACUCAGAAGUCUAUCCAGAACAGUCUGAACGAAUUGGCCUGCAGGUAUCUCUAGACACGACUCCCUCCCCACCCAGUCCUUUAAAAUAGGACUAAGCAAUAUACCUAAGCUGAGUUCCUCUCUAGUCUUUGCUCCAGAUGAAUCUUUCUUAAAGCAAAAGUCCUGGCCAAGCAGCCGUCCUAGGAGACUGAUCUUCCGCGUCGCCCAAGGGGAGAAAGUUCCCGAAGGCCUAUGCCACAAAUUCUGCUUCCGUGCUGUGAUUUCAGUCUGCUUCCUGUUAGAAAACCGUAUCGGCACUUAUGAUCACUUUACUAAAACCUAGUGUUAAAAGACAGAGAAAAUGAAAAUGUGUAUGUAGGCAAAUGUAAGAUACACUCUCUCUGUAAGAUAAAUAUUUGCCUUUCUUUCCUAAAAGGUGUAUGUAUUCUGUAUGUGAAAUUGUCUGUAGAAAGUUUCUAUGUUCUUAAAUGGCAAUACAUUCCAAAAAUUGUACUGUAGAUAUGUACAGUAACUGCACUGGGAUGGGGUAGUUUUGCUUGUAAUUUUAUUUAAACUCCAGUUUCUACACUUGCAUCUUGCAAUGUUGGUAUAUAUCAGUGCAAAAGAAAAAAAUUCAACAAAAAAUCCAUGCAGGUCUAAAGCACAGAGUCUGACGUACAAAAGGAAAAAAUUACUCAGUAUUGAUGUGUGUGAUCUUUGUUGUAAAUUACAUCUGUACUGUGAAUGAAGUUUUUACAAGUAUAAUAAUUGCCUUUAUUACAGCUCUGGCUGAGUGUUCAGCCUGAGGAUAUUUUUUAAAAAAAAAAUAGCAUGUUGGAAUAAAUUUGAAAGUCCCAACAUA